GAAGAAUAAACCACAGGAAUGAUAGUCGAGCGCAGAUAAGAAGAGGGUUAGAUGGAACAUGGCUCUCUCCAGAGGUUUGAGAUGCUGUCAAAGGGUUUUCUCCUGGAUCCCUGUACUUAUUAUAACCUCGGUGAUGUUGUGGUCAUACUACGCUUACGUUUUUGAGCUAUGUAUUUGUAAGUAUUCCUAACAUUGUGUGUUUGUUGUGAUUUCGAUCGUUGUAUUGUGGACUUCGCAGUUUUGCCGCACAGCAGUGUUUACAGAAAUAUGCUUUUAGACCGAGACGGACCUAGCAAACUAUGCGGAUGUUGGUAAGGGUGUGUGCUUUUAACCAGUCGGUGUACGUUCUUUUAGCCUUUACGCGGUGAACAUUAAUGAAGUAAAUCGUAUAAACCCUGUUUCGAUUGAGUGACUAGCUAUUGUUGUCUCUUGUAGCAACAACCUGUCCAUCUGGCUAACCGUGUUAGCCGUCAAAUGAGGAUCUUUAUGUGAACAAUCGUUUAUUAAACUGUCCAAAACACCGUUUCUAGGCUUUGACUUGUAUUUUAACCGUGUUUUAUCAUUUUUUACAGUCACAAUCACCAAUACGUUAGAGAAAGGUGAGGUAUCCUCUAUGUUAGCGCUCUUAUCAGAUUAUUUUUGUGACUACAUUAUCUUUUUGUCGUGGUGCUGUUCAUUAUUUUCACUGUUGUGUGUUUUUGUUUCUUCCAGUGGCCUAUCUGCUGGUUUUUCAUGUCUGCUUUGUGAUGUUCUCCUGGACAUACUGGAAGUCUAUAUUCACCCCUCCUGCAACACCAUGCAAAAAGGUAUCCUGGAGUGUUGAAGAUAUCCACAAAUAACCAAAUAACACAAUUUUAUCUAUUUAAUUCGCAUAUAAAAGGUCUCAUACUGAUCUAUCUCUGUUGCUCUAGUUUCAGCUGUCAUACUCGGACAAACAAAGGUACGAGAUGGAGGAGAGGCCAGACGCUCAGAAACAAAUACUGCUUGAUAUUGCGAAGAAACUGCCCAUUUUCACCCGAGCUCAAUCUGGAGGUGAGUUUUUUCCCUCCUAAAAGUUUGGCAUUGUUCUCUCGCAUGACAUAUGUGAAAACCAGAGCAGUAACCAGUCAGGUAGAUUAGUUACAGCCUGUCAUCUGGCACGUAAUCUGUGUGCGUUGAAAGCAAGUAGGCAAGGGCAAUUAGCUCUGUGUGUGUUCCUGAGCAUCCCUGUACGGUGUAAUCAGCCGAUGUAUCUCUUUCAUUAGUGCUGAUUGCUGAGACUAAGUUCUAGGCUGCAGGAAGUAGGAGAAGGGGGGAAGCUCAGCUCAAAUGUCGGUCAUUCAACUGACCAUCCUCUUGUCUCUAGCUAUCAGAUUCUGCGACCGCUGCCAGGUACUGAAGCCUGACCGCUGUCACCACUGCUCGGUUUGUGAAACGUAAGUCUCUCUUUCCUCCUCAAUCCAUUCUUCUGGAGAGAUUGCAAUAGGGAAGGAGAUAUUUGUUGGCCUCAUACUGCUGGGAUAAUUAGAAAGUGUUGCUUCGUUGGCACACUGUGUCUCAGAGAUGUUAUCUUACUAAUCAGUCUAAGCAGUGGUUCACCCUAAGGUAUAUCGAAAUUUGGACACAACAAUAAUAUUUGAGAAAUGGUAGAAAGGUGUCUGCUGCUUUCACCACUUUAGUGUUCAACUAUAUUAAAUCCAAAUAUAUAUGCUUCCCUUUUAAAGCUGUGUCUUGAAGAUGGACCAUCACUGUCCCUGGUGAGAAAAAACUCACACUCACCUUAUACACACUGUAUUUCUCUGUUCGGUGUCAUGUAAUCGUUAGAUUUAUUCUGAAACAAUGUGUUUUUCUUUAGGGUGAAUAACUGCGUGGGCUUCUCAAACUACAAGUUCUUCCUCCUUUUUCUCUCCUACUCCAUGCUGUACUGUGUGUUCAUUGCAGCAACAGUCUUUCAGUAUUUCCUGAAAUUCUGGGAGGUGAGUUACGAUAGCCUGUACUUCCCCUAAAACUGAGAAUCUGAUGAUAAAUGAGUUGCUGAAAGUCAUCACCUUUGCGGCUCCAAAAAACCAGAGAAUUAAAGUGUUUGUUGUGACCUUUUUUAAAGCUCACUGUUUGUUCUCUCCUCAUUCGUCUCUCUCUCAGGGGGAAUUGCCAAAUGGGCCUUCAAAGUUCCAUGUCCUCUUCCUCAUGUUUGUGGCGCUCAUGUUCUUUGUCAGUCUCAUGUUCCUCUUUGGCUACCACUGUUGGCUAGUGGCCAAGAACCGCUCUACUUUAGGUAAGGAUUUAAAUAUUUAGAAAUCACUGUUGUUGUCAUUAAAUGUGCAAGAUUGAAGCUGAAGAAAUUAUCCUGACUUACAGUGGUUUGUACUUUUUCAGAGGCCUUCUCAGCCCCAGUUUUUGUCAGCGGACCAGACAGAAAUGGCUUCAAUGUUGGCAUGCGCAGAAACCUGCAGCAGGUAUUCGGAGAGGAUCGGAGGCUGUGGUUCAUUCCUGUUAUUACAAGGUAACUAAGAUACUUUGUAAGUGGUUUUGCCGCCUCUUGCUACUAAUUUUGUGAACACUUUUCUAUUAAAGUUUUUGACUGUCACAGAAUAAGCUUAGUGUAGCAAAUCACCAAGAAAAAUAACCAGUUUUUAGAAAUUCAGAGGAUAAUGCAAAUGCCAUCAAUAUCAACUUUCAGCAGACCGUUUUUCUAGUAGUUAACCAAAAAACCCUUCUAAAAAGCCUCAUACGUUGGUUGGUAGCAUAUCUUGCUUCAAAACCUGUAUGAAUUGUUCAGCAUCAGUGGUGCCUUUCCAUUUGUGUUCACCACCUGUGCUAUGAAGGCACAUGCUUUCCCCCAUACUUGAAUGGAUACUGGCUUUUAAAGUGUGCCCUGGUAAUGAGCUCUGUGGUCCCACUCCUCCAUGCAGCAGAGGGUGCAUAGUCCAUGAUUUCCAAAAAUAAUGACAGAUUUUGAUUUGUUAGGACACAUGACGUUUCUAGCCCAUCUUAAAUUGUCUUGGGCUAUAAGGAGCCGUUUUUAUUCCUAGAUAAUGUGGAUGUAAAAUUAACUGUUUUCAUUGCACAGUUGUCACCUGCAUGGAUGUGGAUGCAGUGAUUAUGUUCACAUAGAAGAUUUUGGAAGUGAUUUUUGCAGUGAUUUCCACCACUGAGCCACAUCUGUUUUUAUUGCAUUAAUAGCUGGGUUGUAGUUCAUAGCUGCAAAGUCAGAUAUGAAUGUAGAAUCAGGAGUAAAAUAAAUUAGCAGGCUGUGGUUCUCAAACCAGCUUCUAUUCUCCUUUUGUUUGCAUGUCAGCCAAGGGAACGGCCACUACUUUCCCUUGAAGAGUCGUAGCUCUGAGUCCCGGAACCCCUUAUUAGCUCAUGAAGACAUGUGGGAGGAGUCUGAUGACGGCUCUGAGGGGAGCCUUGGUGAGUCACUUAAACCUCGUCAUAUUUAUUCUGUCACUUGUUCUCCAUAGAUGCAGAAACACAACAUUUUUAAUUCAAAGCUUUCUUCAUUGAGUGAAAUAUGUUCUUUAUUUUUGUUGAGAAUGUUGAACUAUCUGCAGUUUUAACCAAGACAGUGGUAGAAACCAGAAUGAUUCCCAGCAGCAUAGGGAGAUUAUAAAGAGAGAGUCCAACCUCAAGAAAUAUACUAUUUAUAUUGUCUCACCACAAAUGUGUAGCAUGUAAUCCAUGAAAAUGUUUAAGUUAAACUUUUGACAUAGUGCAGUGCCUCAGAGUAAAAGGUCAAAAAAAGGCGUUUGAAUAUGUGCUCAGGCUACAUUUUAAAUCAAUCUGUCCUACUUCUUCCAGCUUGUGUUGCCACUGGAUAUAUAUUGAUAAGCAGAAAUGUUUUCCAAGUUACACAUAGUCAAUAUAAUUAAUAAAUACAAUUUUAGCUGAAUUUUAAACUGUUCACUUUAAAAAUAUUUGCAAUUUAGUUCAAUCUUUUUCACAAUUUUAAAGCUCCAGUGAGAGACAUUCUAUUUGUGUCGGUCUUCAGAUCGAAACCAGUCCUGCUUAUGUGGGUUAUCUGCUACAGGAAAUUACUUAUCAGCAAAAUUGAAAAGUGAAGAAGAAAUUUGUCAACACUAUACAAUACUUCUCCUCGAUUAAAAUCAAACGGAAAUCAAACAAUUUUUUCUGCUGUCAAAACCAUCUGAUGUGUUCACAAUAAAAAGACUGAUGAAACCAUUUAACUUUGCUGAUGUUCUUGAUACAUCAGGUUUGUUUUGGAUAAUUCCUUCAUCUUCGAUUACUUUGCAAUUGUACUUGUUGAACCUGUAGAACAAAAAAAUGAAGUGAUAUUUUUCCUUUUAUUUCUGUUUUAGCAAAACCUAGAUUUUCUUGUGAAUUACCUUCAUCUUUUCUCAAUGAUUUUUUGAGAAUUUUGGUAAAAUAUAAAGUUUUAUAAAAGUGGCAAGAACUGAAAGACCUCUCCUACUUUUUUAUGUCUCUAAUCCCAAAAUAAGUGUCACUUUUCAAAAGGAUAAAAAAUUACAGUUAAUCUGCAUUCAUACUAGGAGGCUAAUACUUUUUCAACCUAAAUUUUCCAAAGUCACAGAGCUGGUGGAAGUAACUGUUAAUUAUCCUGUGGAGAAAGUCACCUUGCAGCACAGACAACAGGCAGUCCAAAGAGGACACUUUUUAUGAUUUUAGGAGACUAAAACAGAGAGAUGCUAUUGCCUAAAAGAGAAAUAGAUUUAUGGGGUGAAAAAGUGAUUUGCAUCAAACUUGUGUGUAGAAACUGAGAAAUGUUUAACUUCUAACCUUUACGUUCUGCCACCACCUGGUGGUCACGUGCAACGGAUGGUUAACUCCUGCAUCAAGUACGCUUCAUUCAUGCUAGUACAUAUUAUGAUUUCUUUUUUCUUUUUUAUUCCAGGUGAAGACCAGGACCCAUCGGUUACCAUAGAGAUGGAGGAGUAGGAAUUCAUUGUAAGGACAAUUUUUAUUGGUACAGAAGGUGUAUAUUAAAAUCACACAUACUGUGUACCUCAAGGCACAUGCAUUCCAAAUAAUGCGGAUAUUCAGAAACUGAAAAAUAAUCUGAAUGGGGGCCAAAGGUGUGGAUUAAAAUCUGUACUUGGAUUGUCAUUGCCACUCAUAGCCUGGCGUUUUACAUCGUGACAGCCAGUAGCAUCAUCUCUUCCCUGAGAGACGACGGUUUGUUUGAAUUAGAAAAAGAGAAACUGGCAAUAUUACCUCGGAUAAAAGGCAACUGCUGUUUAACAAGGACUGAAUAUCUCCCUCUGGGUGUUCAUCCCAAGGCCUCUGUGAGUUUUUGAAUACUGUUAAUCAGAGCCUCUGUCUGGCUCUGUACUAAUACUGUACAGUAUCUAUUUUGUUUCAGAGUUUAAAGUGGUGGACCUUCGAGCUGAGUCUGUGGAGGGCUGCAUCAAAAGCUCACACUCUUAAAGCUCCAGGGGGUUCUUUUAGUGAUUCAGAAGCGUGGUCUGAACUGGUUUUGCUCUUGCAGAAUAAUAAACAUGAGAUUUUAUUUUACUUUAAUUCAACAAACAUAUUAGAUCACCUGACUAAUCCUGGGCCUUAUGAAUAUAGUUAUUAUCCUUGUGUUUGGGAGUUUAUUUCUCCUGAGAAUGUAUUCUGCUUCCUGCUUAUGAGUGGACUUUGCCAACAUAAACGGCACCUACCUAUCAAAGAACCUAUCAUAUCAUGCUAGUUUAACAGUCAUCAACAUUGAUAUGCUUACCAGCCAUAUCCUUUAUCUUUUAAGACCAGUGAUAGGAAAUGAACAUGAAUAGCAUAGUUAUUUAGCUUUGAUUUGCACCUGCAUGUCUUGAUCUCAGUCAGUACACUGUAAAGCAAAAAACUGAAACUGGGAUUGGAAAUGUUGGCGAAACCGAGCAAGUAAAAGCUAACCAGAGAUGGCAUAAAGAAGCAAAGAGCACUGAUAUAACCGCUGACAUAUUUUAGCACAUUUUUGCUUUUGUGUGGCUACCUGGCUAGGUUGCUACUUAAGCACAAUGAGUGCAUGGGAAGAGUGCAUUCAAGUAGGCAGGUAGUUAUGUAGACAGGCAGGUAGAAUUAUCAGUCAUAUUUUUUUUUCUGUCGACCAAACGUUUGUCUUUUCAGUCCUGUGUCAAACACAGAUGCAGGAUUUUUUUUCUUACCCGCCUCUGCUUUUAGAUAAGUUUUAGUCAUUCCUCAGUAUAUCAUAAAUUAAAUGCUUGAUUAGAUUUUUGAAGAUGCAGUAACAAGUCAAAAGGAGGACUGUGCAAGACAUACUGUGAUAUUUUAAAAAUAUAUAUACACUUUUCCUUAUAAAUCCACUAUCUUUACAACAUUUACACUUCAGUGUUGCUGCAGAGUAAUAGAAAAAUAUGAGUAAUUUGCUUCCUUUUAGACACAAACUCAUUUGUAGGAGAAGACACGGGAUGUUCUUUGUUUCCUCUUGAUCCUUUCGAACAUGUCGAUAAAUGUACAUAUAUUAUGCAAACUGAUCUUCAUCCACUGGUUGGUAAAGAUCAGCUAUCCUUUGCUUUUUAAAGCUCUAAAUGUUUUCUACCUGUGAUUUUGUUUUUUGAGAUUUUCCGUUUUGGUUCAUGGACUUGUAUAAAGCCAGUGUACACAAAAGAACACCUUACUAUUCAGUAUGAGUCAAAUGUUGGGCCUUCAAGCAUCAAACCGUGAUGCUGUUUGAUCUUGACACUUUUAACCUGCUUCAUCAGACCUGUUUUGUACUGUGUGUUGGGUAAGCCAAAUCAAAUGCUGCUCAUGCCUGAAGAAUACACAGCAUACAUACAUACAGUAAGUCGCUUAUUGAUUAAAACUGUGCGUGUCAUUUUUAUCUGAGGUAUGAUUCUGUGUUUGAAAGCAUGUAUACACGUUAGGAAAGAUGUGGAUGUUGAGUGUAGUCUCGUGUCUAUUUAUUGUUGCACUGUUCAGCUUUUUUUUCUUGUGUAUUUUGUUUACUGAUUCAUAACUGCUGCAGGCAGUAUCUGUAUAUUUUGCUCCAUGAAAGCAAUGCGCUCUCAUCAAAAGGUAAGAUAUUUAUGACGUGAAGAUGACUUAUUAUUCUCAGUUUGCAGAAAGGAAUUAAUAUUUUUCUGAACACACAGUGUGGUCCUUUUAGAGUAAGUGAUCAUGUCUCUCCUCAUCUUAAAACCUCUGGACCAUUCAAAGAACUGAAGUCUUUCACCUGCUGUUUUGUCAGUUAACAAAUAUAAAGUCUUUAUUUUCUGCCAUUUAUUGUAACAUGCAAAUAAAAUGAUCCAAGCUGAACCCUUU